UCACUAUUUGUGAUUUACUAGUUUCACAAAUCACAAUUUAUUGUCACUUAUAUUUACACCGUUGAUCAUUUAACAUUUUGUAUCUCAACAAUUUUCUGUCUCUCAUUCAAUUGAUUCAAUCAACACACAAAACAAUCAUCAUGAAAUUUUACAUGUUUCUUGUUUUAGCGAUUAGUUUGGCUUUGUCGACAGGUAAUCCCAUCGGAGUUGGUGGUGGCCUUGGAGGUGGACUUGGUGGUCUAGGGCUUGGCGGUGGCCUUGGUGGUGGACUUGGUGGACUUGGAAAUGGAGUUAGUUUUGGCCGCUCUUUUGGAGGUGGAAUUGGCUACGGUGGUGGCUAUGGAUUAGGUCCUAAUGGUCCAGUCGGUGGAUUUACUGUUAUCCCACUUUUUGGUUAAUCAUUUCAACAAUCGACUUGAAAGUUACUAACAAAAUUUCAAUUUACUUUUCGUAAUAAAAUUUCAUUAAUUUGUUAUAAAA